AUGGACAACGAGGCCGUUGAUAUCGUUCCCGGGGAGCAUCACGAUGCGACGACCAAGGGGGACUCUGAGGCGCAAGUCGCUGCUGUCGAGCGGGGUUCCAGCAAACGACAGAGGUUAUCUGAUGUAUUCACAAUUUUUUGCUCCGGCUUCGCCCUCAUCUCGGAUGGCUACCAGAACAAUCUCAUGACCAUGUCCAACGUGCUCUUCAAGAAGGAAUACCCGAACGAGUACACCCCCCAAGUCAGCACCCGCGUCUCCAACGCCCUGCUCGUCGGCGAGAUCCUGGGCCAGGUCGUCGUCGGCCUGACCUGCGACUACAUGGGCCGCAAGACGGCCAUCAUCAUGACGACGCUGCUCAUUGUUCUCGGCGGCAUCCUGGCCACCGCCUCUCACGGCGUUACUAUCGACGGCAUGUUUUGGAUGCUGACUGUUUCGAGAGGCAUCGUCGGUUUCGGAGCAGGUGGCGAGUACCCUGCCGCCAGCACGUCCGCAUCCGAGGCCGCCAACGAACACACGCCCGCGAACCGCGGCCCCGUCUUCAUCCUCGUCACCAAUCUCCCCCUCUCGUUCGGCGGCCCGUUCGCCGUGUCCGUCUUCCUCAUCGUGCUGUCCGCCGCCGGCGAGACCAACCUCUCGACCGUGUGGCGCGUCUGCUUCGGCGUCGGCGUCGCGCUGCCCCUGACCGUCUUCUACUUCCGCCUCAAGAUGCUCAACUCCAAGCUCUACCGCCGCGGCGCCAUCAAGAGGCACGUCCCCUACGGCCUGGUCGUCAGGUACUAUUGGAAAACGCUGAUCGGCACCUGCGGCGCCUGGUUCCUCUACGACUUUGUCACCUUCCCCAACGGCGUCUUCUCCGGCACCAUCAUCUCCAGCGUUGCCUCCAGGUCCGGCAGCACCCUGCGCAGCACGGCGGAGUGGCAGCUUCUCCUCGGCGCCAUUGCCCUGCCCGGCGUCCUCCUCGGCGCAUUCCUCUGCGACAGGCUGGGCCGCAAGAACGUCAUGAUGCUGGGCUUCUCAGGAUACCUGGUCUUUGGGCUGGUCAUUGGCUGCGCGUACGACAAGAUCACCGCCAUCAUCCCGCUCUUUGUCAUCUUUUACGGCCUGAUGCAGAGUUCUGGCAACUUGGGCCCGGGCGAUAUGCUCGGCCUCAUUUCCUCGGAGAGCUACGCCACCAGCGUCCGUGGAACGUGCUACGGCCUCAGUGCGGCGAUUGGCAAGACGGGUGCUGCUCUGGGGACACAGGCGUUUACACCGAUUCAAGAUAGGUUCGGCAAGAGGUGGACGUUUAUUGUCGCGGCUAUAUGCGGUGUGGUGGGCGUCUUGGUCACGUACUUUUUUGUGCCCAGGUUGACGGGCGAGGAUCUGGCCAAGCGGGACGAGGAGUUUAGGGCGUACCUGUUGGCGAAUGGGUGGAAUGGUGAGAUGGGCGAGGCUGAUUUGAAGGGUUUGGCAGAGGAUGUCGACGAGGGCGUGGUGUCUGGUGAUCAUGGAGAGAAUGGGGCCAAGGCUGCUGGGUAG